UGGUGCGCAUGCGCGCUGCGUACGCCUGCAGCAGAAGGAAGAUGGCGGCGUCCUGCUCGUGAAGGCAGCGCACGAUCGACUGAGCCACGGCGCCGGACGGGGAAAUUAAAAACAACGGCCGCUCACAUCGGAGGGAGGGGGGGCCGCAGGGACGGAAACGAAUCGCGACUGGUAGCGGCUGUCUAGGUCUUCUCAGAAGAUGAAUAUCCUCAAAGACAACAAGGACCUGGCCUGUUUUUAUACCACCAAACACUCUUGGAGAGGAAAGUAUAAAAGGGUAUUUUCUGUGGGCACCCAUGGCAUCACCACUUACAACCCCACGACAUUAGAAGUAACCAAUCAGUGGCUCUACGGGGACAUCUGCGGGAUAACCCCCGUGGGGAGGGGCCAGGGGGCCGAGUUCAGCCUCACCUUCCGCAAAGGCACCGGCAAGAAGUCUGAGACACUCAAGUUCUCCACAGAACACCGGACUGAGCUGCUCACUGAAGCCCUGAGAUUCCGGACAGACUUUUCUGAAGGGAAGAUCACUGGCAGGCGCUACAACUGUUACAAGCACCACUGGAGCGACUCGCGGAGGCCGGUGGUACUAGAAGUAACGCCAGGGGGCAUCGACCAGAUCGACCCGCAGAGCAACCGGGUGCUGUGUUCAUACGAUUACCGCUCGGUGGAGGGCUUCCUCGAGCUCUCUGACUACCAAGGGGGCUUCUGCAUCGUCUACGGGGGCUUCGGCCGGCUGCACCUCUUUGCCUCGGAGAACCGGGAUGAGAUCAUCCGCAGUGCCGUGGAACAUGCCGGCAACUUCAUCGGCAUCACUCUGCGGCUGCGCAAGGAGGCGCUGGCCUUCGAGGGCUUCCUGGCCGAGCGCUUCGGCAAGUACGGCUCUGACGACUGUGUCACCUCGCUGGCCGAGUUUGUGGUGCAGAAGGUCUCGCCGCGACAUAAGGAGCCUGUGAAGAGGAUCCUGGCCCUCACGGAGACGUGCCUGGUGGAGAGGGACCCAGCCUCCUACAACGUUGUCACCCUGAAGCCCUUUGAGGAGGUCUUCGCGCUCGUAUGUGACCCCGAGAACCCGCAGAUGUUUACCGUGGAGUUCAUCCGAGGGCAGAUCCGAAGAUACUCCUCCACGGAGAGGGACGCCCUCCUGGCCAGUGUACUGGAUGGGGUUCGUGCCUCAGGAAACCGGGAUGUGUGCGUGAAGAUGGUCCCCACGCAGAGGGGUCAGCGCUGGGGGCUGCUCAGCACCCCUGUGGAUGAGGAGGUGGAGAGCCUGCACCUCAAGUUCUUGGCGACACCCCCUAACGGCAACUUUGGUGAUGCUGUGUUCCGCUUCAAUGCCAACAUCUCCUACAGCGGCGUGCUGCAUGCUGUCACGCAAGACGGCCUGUUCUCCGAGAACAAGGAAAAGCUGAUCAACAAUGCCAUCCUGGCACUGCUAUCCCAGGACACGGAGCUGCCAGUGACCAACGCGGAGUUAGAGAGCCACUUCCAGGCCAUCCGCCGGCUUGUGGCCUCCAAGGCCGGCUUUCAGGCCUUCACCCAGCUGCCCAAGUUCCGGGAGAAGCUGGGGGUGAAAACGGUCAAGGCUCUAAAGAGGAACAAUAAUGGUGUGAUUCACUCCGCCAUCGACAUGCUCUGCGCCCUCAUGUGUCCCAUGCAUGAUGACUACGACCUGAGACAGGAGCAGCUGAACAAGGCGUCUCUGCUGUCCUCCAAGAAGUUCCUGGAGAACCUGCUGGAGAAGUUCAUUAGCAAUGUGGAGCAUGGCACGGGGGCCCUGGUCAUCAGCUCACUACUGGACUUCCUCACCUUCGCGCUGUGCGCCCCCUACAGCGAGACCAGCGAGGGCCAGCAGUUUGACAUCCUGCUGGAGAUGGUGGCUGCCAAUGGGCGUACUCUCUUCAAGCUUUUCCAGCACCCCUCUAUGGCCAUCGUGAAGGGAGCCGGCCUGGUCAUGAAAGCCAUCAUUGAGGAGGGGGACAAGGAGAUUGCCACCAAGAUGCAGGAGCUGGCCCUGAGUGAGGGUGCCCUCCCCCGGCACAUGCACACCUCUCUGUUCACUAUCAGCUCCGACCAGCGUAUGCUGACCAACAGGCAGCUGAGUCGACAUCUGGUGGGACUGUGGACAGCAGAGAACCCCAUCGCCAUGAACCUGCUGAAGAGGAUACUGCCCACAGGACUGUUAGCAUGUCUGGACAGCACAGAGCAGGUUCCAGAGAAAGACAUGGACAGGAUGCACAUCCGGGACAACGUGAAAAUCGCCACGGACCAGUUUGGACGGAACAAGGUCCCAGAAUGGCAGCGGCUGGCGGGCAAGGCAGCCAAGGAGGUGGAGAAGUUUGCCAAGGAGAAGGCUGACGUCUUGCUGAUGCACUGGCGGGACAAGAUGGGUAUCGCACAGAAGGAGCAGGACAGGAAUAACCUGAACCCAAACCACAAACCUGUCAUCCUGCGGAAGAGGAGACAGAGGAUCAAGAUUGAAGCCAACUGGGAGCUUUUCUACUACAGGUUCCAGCUGGACCAUGCCCGAUCAAACCUGAUCUGGAACUUGAAGACCCGAGAGGAGCUGCGGGACGCCCUGGAGGGGGAGAUGCGUGCCUUCAAUGUAGAUCGGGAGCUGGGAAGCGCCAGCGUCAUCUCCUGGAACCACCAGGAGUUCGAGGUGAAAUAUGAGUGCCUUUCUGACGAGAUCAAGAUUGGGGACUACUACCUGCGUCUCCUACUAGAAGAGGAUGAGAAUGAGGAGUCGGGGGCCAUCAAAAGAUCGUACGAGUUCUUUAACGAGCUGUACCACCGCUUCCUGCUAACGCCCAAAGUCAGCAUGAAGUGCUUGUGCCUGCAGGCCUUGACCAUAGUCUACGGCAAGUGCUAUGAGGAGAUCGGCCCGUUCACCGACACCAAAUACAUCGUGGGGAUGCUCGAUCGGUGUACCGAUAAGCUGGAGAGGGACAGACUCAUCCUGUUCCUUAAUAAACUCAUUCUCAACAAGAAAAACGUGAAGGAGGUAAUGGACUCCAAUGGCGUUCGCAUCCUGGUGGACCUGCUCACCCUGGCCCACCUGCAUACCAGCCGUGCGACUGUCCCCCUGCAGAGCAACGUGCUGGAGGCGUCUCCCGACAUGAAGAGGGAGAGCGAGAAGGAGUGGUACUUCGGUAACGCUGACAAGGAGAGGCGGGGCCCCUUCAGCUUCGAGGAGAUGCAGGAGUUCUGGAACCAGGGCACGCUGACUGCCAAGACGCGGUGCUGGGCUCAGGGCAUGGAUGGGUGGCGCCCCCUUCAGGCCAUCCCGCAGCUGAAGUGGUGCCUGCUGGCCAGCGGGCAGGCGGUGAUGAACGAGACAGACCUGGCCACCCUCAUUCUCAACAUGCUCAUCACCAUGUGCUCCUACUUCCCCAGCAGGGACCAGGAUAAUGCAAUUAUCAGGCCUCUGCCUCGGGUCAAGAGGUUAAUCAGUGACAAUACCUGUCUGCCUCACAUUGUUCAGUUGCUGCUGACGUUUGAUCCCAUCCUGGUGGAGAAGGUGGCCAACGUGAUGUACUUGGUCAUGCAGGACAACCCCACCCUUCAGCGCCUGUACCUGACUGGAGUUUUCUUCUUCAUCAUGAUGUACACGGGGUCCAAUGUUCUGCCUGUAGCCCGGUUCCUGAAAUACACUCACCUGAAGCAAGCCUUCAAGUCGGAGGAGGCCAAAGGUCAGGACGUGGUCCAGCGCAGUGUCCUGGGCCCUGUGCUUCCAGAGGCCAUGGUGUGCUACCUGGAGAACUACGAGGCGGAGCGUUUCGCAGAGAUCUUCCUGGGAGAGUACGACACCCCAGAGGCCAUCUGGAGCAGCGAGAUGAGACGACUGAUGAUCGAGAAGAUCGCUGCCCAUCUGGCUGACUUCACUCCCAGGCUGCAGAGCAACACCCGGGCGCUCUACCAGUACUGCCCCAUCCCCGUGAUCAGCUUCCCCCAGCUGGACUACGAGCUCUUCUGUAACAUCUACUACCUCAGACAUCUAUGUGAUGAGAUCCGGUUCCCCAACUGGCCAAUCCGAGAUCCUGUGAAGCUGCUGAAGGAUGCACUGGAGGCCUGGAAGAGGGAAGUGGAGAAGAAGCCGCCGUCUAUGUCUAUAGAUGACGCCUAUGAGGUCCUCAACCUGCCCAAGGGACAAGGACAACAUGAUGAGAGUAAGAUCAGGAAGGCCUACUUCAGACUGGCCCAGAAGUAUCACCCAGACAAGAACCCAGAGGGCAGGGACAUGUUUGAAAGGGUGAACAAAGCCUACGAGUUCCUGUGCACCAAGUCGGGCCGAAUCACUCACGGACCCGACCCAGAGAACAUCAUCCUCAUCCUCAAGGCCCAGAGCAUUCUCUUCAACAGGCACCGGCAGGAGCUGGAGCCCUACAAGUAUGCCGGCUAUCCCAUGCUGAUCAAGACCAUCACCAUGGAGACAAGUGAUGGGCUGCUUUUCUCGAAGACCUCCCCGUUGCUCCCCGCCGCCACAGAGCUGGCCUUCCACACGGUCAACUGCUCAGCGCUCAAUGCCGAAGAGUUGAGGCGGGAAAAUGGCAUUGAGGUAGGGCGAUGUGUCGAUGUUGACUUUGAUGUCUGUUUUGUUGUUCCGCCAUUGAUGUUAGGAGAUCAAAGCCAUCAUUCGGGUGAGUCAUCUCCUGUCGCUGCCGUCAUCUGCUAUGAGCUCCCCUUCAGUCACCUCCAUCAUUCUUCUCUUUUUCUGCCUGUGCUGCAGAUGCUGCUGGAGGCCCUAACCCGGUGUGUGGCUGUACUCACUGCCUCCAGCAAGCCAGAGGACAUGGCUGUGCAGGUCUGUGGGCACAUCUGCAGAUGCUUCAGCGUGGCAGCACAGUUCGAGGAGUGCCGGGAGAAGAUUAUUGAGCUGCCCAACAUCAUCCGGGACCUAUGCCACGUCCUCUACUAUGGAAGGGGCAUCCCCCGAAUGGCAGCCUUGGCGGUGCAGUGCGUCAGUUCCUUCGCCGUGGACUUCUUCCUGCAGACGCACCUUUACCAUGCUGGUGUGCUCUGGCACCUGCUGGUCAACCUCUUCAACUACGACUACACACUGGAGGAGAGUGGCAUCCAGAAGAGCCAAGAGACCCACCAGCAGGAGGUGGCCAACAGCCUGGCCAAGUACAGCCUGGUAGCCCUCAGCCGGCUUGGGGGCUACAGCACGGGCCUGGAGGGGGGGGAAGCAAUGGACAGUGCGGUGGAGACCCCCCCAGAAAACCCCACCAUCAGGAAGAGCCUAGCUGCUAUGCUCUCCCCAUACAUCUCCCGGAAGCUGUCCUCUGGCACUCCUGCUGAGAUUUUAAAGCUCCUCAACAGUAACUCGGAAAACCCCUACUUAAUCUGGAACAAUGGGACACGGGCUGAACUCGUGGAAUUUCUGGAAAGCCAGCAGGAAAGCCACAUCAAAAGGAGUGAGUGUGAUAAGACCUUCGGCUCUGAGUUUGUGUUCAGCGACCACAGCAAGGAGCUGAUUGUCGGCGAGAUCUUUGUGAGGGUCUACAAUGAGCAGCCAGCUUAUCCUCUGGAGUUCCCCAAGGUGUUUGCUGCUAGUCUGCUGGACUAUGUGGGCUCUCAAGCCCAGUACCUUUGCACCCUGCUGGCUAUGACCCAGGCCAGCAAGGUAGAGUCCCAGCAGCAUGCCCAGAGGCUCAAGUGGGCCGAGAUGGCCCUGGAGGCUCUCCGCAAUGUCAUAAAAAACAACCCAGGGUCUGAGUCAGAGUGCAUCGGACACUUCAAGCUCCUCUUCUCCCUGCUACGAGUCCAUGGGGCAGGCAAGGUUCAGCAGCUGGCUCUGGAGGUUGUCAACACUGUCACCAAAAACCAGGACUGUGUGAGCAAUAUUGCAGAAUCUCUCGUGCUGUCUAACCUCCUGGUGCUGCUCCAUUCUCUACCCUCCAGCAGGCAGCUAGUACUGGAAACCCUGUAUGCCUUGACAUCCAAUACGAAGAUCGUUAAAGAAGCCAUGGCUAAAGGUGCACUGAUCUACCUGCUGGACCUCUUCUGUAACUCCACGCACCCCCAAGUGCGCUCCCAGACCGCCGAGCUCUUCGCUAAGAUGACCUCUGACAAGCUAGUAGGACCCAAGGUCCGCUUGACGCUUAUGCGUUUCCUGCCCUCCGUCUUCAUGGAAGCUAUGAGGGACAGCCCCGAGGCAGCGGUGCACAUAUUCGAAGGCACACACGAGAACCCCGAGCUCAUCUGGAACGACAGCUCCCGGGAGACAGUCUCCACUACCGUCCGCGAAAUGAUGCUCCAACACUUUAAACAACAGAAGGAUAAUCCUGACAUCAACUGGAAGCUUCCAGAGGAUUUUACGGUGAUGUACGGUGCCGGGCAAGGAGAACUGGCAGUGGGUGGCGUCUUCCUCCGUAUCUUCAUCGCGCAACCCGGUUGGGUUCUGCGCAAACCCAGGGAGUUCUUGGUAUCCCUGUUAGAAACCCUUACUGAGCUUCUGGAGAAGAAAAACCCCAACGGUGAGACCCUCGAAACCGUUACCACAGCGGCCGUCUGCCUCUUCAGCACUCAGACCCAACUUGCUGACCAGGUCCCACCUCUGGGCCACCUGCCCCGAAUACUGGCAGCCAUGAAUCACAAGAACAACGCCGUGACUAAGAGCUCCAUCCGCCUUAUUCACGUACUUUCCGAUAAUGAGCUCUGCGUACGCUCCAUGGCUUCCCUGGACACCAUCGGGCCGCUCGUGAGCGGGAUGAAGGUCCGGGCUGACAUGGUGGGCCUGGCGUGCGAGGCGCUGAACAGAAUGUUCCAGAAAGAGCAGACUGACCUGGUGGCCCAGGCCCUGAAGGUGGACCUGGUGCCCUACCUGCUCAGGCUAUUGGAGGGCAUAGGUCUGGAGACCCUGGAGAACCCCUCUGCCACCAAGGCCCAGAUAGUCAAAGCACUCAAGUCCAUGUCGCGCAGCCUGCAGUAUGGAGAUCAGGUUAGUGAAAUCCUGUCCCGUUCCACUGUGUGGAGUGCCUUCAAGGACCAGAAACACGACCUGUUCAUCUCCGACUCUCAGACGGCGGGGUACCUGACAGGUGUGUCCACCCCCUCCCUCCUGGCAGCCAGCAGUCCCCUGCGGAGCGGGCUGUAGACGCCACAUCUGCGGCUUCUCUGCCCCCUUCUUUCUAACUCUGACGCAGGUCCGGGAGUAGCAGGCUACCUGACCGCUGGGGCGGCCUCCACCGUAAUGCCAAGCAUGCCCCCACCAGUAGACAACGACGUCGGAGAGCAGUGCUGACCGAUCGACGGCGGUGCCUACGUCCCGGGCAGAAAGACCCCCCUGCAGCUGCAGUCUACAGCUCUACCAAACUGAACAGUAGAGAGAGAGGCGUUAGGAUGGGUGGGGGGGGGGGGUGACAGAGAUGGAUCAUGGACUCUUGUACCUCUCCACCCUAAUGUCCUCCAGAUUCCAAACAGCACUCACCUUGAUCCAAGGUUUUUGUGUGUGUGUGUGUGUGUGUGUGUGUGUGUUUUUUCCCUCCUUAAAUCAGUAACAAAUCCAUAACACGUCUUUUUGUGUGCUGGCAAAGUUGUGCACUUGGUUCUUGUCUCAAUUUGUUCCCAGGCAAGACGAGUAUAGUUUACUUUUGUAUGAAUAUAUAAUUGUUUUUUUUACUCAUUUUGUGUAUGAACAUGACCAGAGAGAGGCUAUACCGUCUAUUCCAUCCCCCUUCCCAUCCUGUCCCCCUGACCCUUAGUCUGAAAUACCAGCCAAACCCCAACGGAGGAGACCCCCCCCCUCCCCCGGCUCUGCUGGGUCCGAUGGCUGUGGCUUGUUUUUUUUCCCCCACCUUUCUUAUAAUGGUUUAAAACGUGAUUUAUUUUUUUUUUUUUUUUGAUUUCCAAGACUGUGAUCCUGACUAUACAGACUAUUGUUUUUCUAUGAUGUUUUAUAGUGUUAUAUGGGAGGGAAUAACAGACAUGUACAUCGGCUUGCUUGGCCUGGAUGUCUCACCAAAUUGGUAUCUGCUCGGCUGGGCAUGACGGUGGCUCCUUCAGCUCUACCUUCUCCAGGAAUCUGCUUCUCUGCUGUUCUCGUCUGAAAUGUUUUGUACCUAAUCUCAUCCCCCACCCCCCAGACUACAAAAACCAGUAUAUUCAGACUUAACAAAAACGACUGCCUUUACAAAGUCAAAUUAGCUCCUAAGGACACAGAAAAGAAAGAAUAUUAACUGAUUAUAAAAGUAUGUGAAAGACUAGUGCAAUUGUGAAAUGGCCUAUGUAAUAUUCCGUAUGUAAACUUUCUAUAUUGAAUGUACAUUAAAAAAAAAAAUCAGUCAAACUGUACAUAAAAUUUUAAGAAUAAACAAAGGGAAUACACAGGAAAA